GUCGGGGACCGGGUGAUGGUGCUGACCCGGUGGGGCAUGUGGCAGGAGGAAGCCACAGUCCCUGCCGCCCACACCUUCCUCAUGCCUGAGGCCAUGAGCUUUGAAGACGCUGCAGCCCUGCUGGCCAACUACCUGACGGCCUACAUGGUCCUCUUCGACUUCGGCAACCUGAGGCCGGGCCACAGCGUCCUGGUACACAUGGCUGCAGGCGGAGUGGGCAUGGCUGCCCUGCAGCUGUGCCGCACGGUGGAGAAUGUGACUGUGUUCGGGACGGCCUCGGCCGGCAAGCACGAGGCACUGAGGAAGAACGGCGUGGCCCACCCCAUCGACUACCACACGGCGGACUAUGUGGACGCAGUCAGGAAGAUCUCCCCCAGAGGAGUGGACAUCGUCAUGGACCCUCUGGGCGGCUCAGACACUGCCAAGGGCUACAGCCUGCUCAAGCCCAUGGGCAAGGUCGUCACCUACGGGGUGGCCAACAUGAUGACAGGCCCCAAGCGGAACCUGAUGGCCAUCGCCCGCACGUGGUGGAACCAGUUCAGUGUCACAGCCCAGCAGCUGCUGCAGUCCAACCGCGCUGUGUGCGGCUUCUACCUGGGCAGCCUGGAGGAGGACCCCGAGCUGCUCCGCGGUGUGGUGGCCCGGCUGCUGGCCUUGUACAGCCAGGGCCACAUCAAGCCCCACAUCGACUCCGUCUGGCCCUUCGAGAAGGUGGUGGACGCCAUGAAGCAGUUGCAGGAGAAGAAGAACGUGGGCAAGGUCAUCCUGGUGCCUGGGCCAGAGAAGGACUAGUGUGGGCCCAGGGCCGCGGGGAUGGGACCCAGAGGCGGCACCAGCCUCCCUGCCCCAGCCCUUCCCACCCACGCAGGAGCUGGGAAGUGACCACUUGGAGGUCUGGGCCCUGCCAGAGGACAGGGCAGGGAGGGAGGCUGCCGCUUCCGGUCCCCGCCCCUGCGCUGCUUUCGUGCCAAGGUUAACGCUCCCGUCUGUCCUGUGUGCCCCUGCCCUGCCUCGACUUUCCUCCAGCCCCGCCCAAGUCCAGCAUGUGCCCACCCCUGCUGCCCAUCAGCCCCCAGCUGCUUAAGCACAACUGGACAUGUCCACCUCCGGGCCUCGAGGCUGCCUCUUCCGGGUGCCAGGAGCCAGCCCCGGCCUAGGCACGGCCCGAGUCUGGGGUCCCAUGCCCGCCUGCCACUGAGGCCUUGCAGUCUGCCCUGGGUGCCUUCGUGCCGGAACCUGUGCUGCGAGGUGGGGUCCCGUCCUCGCCCCGCCUCGCCCCGCCUCGCCCCGCCUCACCCCCAGUGCUUUCCGCCCCAGGAGCUGGCUUCCUUCCCCCGUCCGCCCGGCUGCAGACUCCGUGCAGGGCGGGCCUGACGCCUCUGCGCCUGUCCUGGCCAGCGCUGGAGGAGGCAGAGGCAGGCAGCUUUCCCCACUGGGUACGGGUGGCAGUCGGGGCCCUGUCCUUUACGGGCAGGGACGUGGCUUGCAGCUGAGCUCCAAGCUUUGUCGUCAUGGAGACAGCGAGCAGGAGGCAGGGCAGCUGAGGUGGGGCUGCUGCCCCCGCGCGGUGGCCAGGGAGGAGGUGGCUCAUGGGCUGCACCCCACCACUGCCUCUGUGUUUGUGUCAGUAAAAAGCCAAACCCA